AUGAGUCCUCACAGGAUCCGAGACCCCACUAUUGUACCUACUUUUCCCCGUCCCCUUACCCGUUACGAGCUCGCGGGGCUUCUGCUAGCGCUUCAGCUUGAGUGUCCGGGUUCCUCUGUACACAACCCUAUCCUUAUCAUGGACGGGCCUAUGUACAGAGGCGGGGUGAUUCGUCCUUCUUGGUUCCAAUGGUCCCGCCAGCGUUUGGAAGCGUUCAACUGCCCCAACCGACCUCGAACCCGAGUCAAUCGCUCAGCUGAUGGCCCGGCUUCUCCGGAUCAUCGGCCUUUUGUUGUUGCCGGAUCGGCGAUGGCCCAAGUGGCUUCGAUUAUCGCGUCCAGUGAUCGUCCGGAUUCCCCGACCGAACUCCGGACCCCGUCGCCCUCCCCGUCGCGGGUUCCCCCCAGGUUGGUGGGCCUCCACCCCCGCUUUCAGGGUGCGGAUGCAGCCAGUCCCGGCCAAGCGUCUCCAGUAUACCAACCGCGCCUCCCGGUCAAUCUUUCUCUUCCCUUUUUCCCAUACGAGUUCCUGACUCCCGAUCUUCGCCACACAGUUCUUAGUAUCCAACCCAUGCAAGUUGUCAUAGGCGACGAGUGGCUGGUACCAGCUGCUCCUCGCCCUAGCAACCUCACUUCGCCGGCUACCAGCUGUCGAAACUUGGUCGCAGAUUCGUCCGAGUACGGGUCUCAUUCCUCAGCCGAGUACGGGGAUCGUUCCCAGGGUUCGGGUGCGUCAGGCUCAUCCCACUCCGGGGAAGCUACUGCCGAGACCGAUCGCGCCAAUAAUGGGAUGGACCUCCUUAUUGAGUGGUCGGGUGGUGUACGUCCUUCUCCUUACUCUAUCACCUAUUUCUUACCCGGCCGCUCAUUACUUUCUGCGCUUCCUGAACAGGUCCCUCCACCCCCUGAGUGGGAUGAUACGUGGACCACCUUACCCGACUGGCUUAACCAGCCCGCGCCUACUGGUAACGAGCCCAACGGUCAUCAACCCAUCGAGGUUGAUGCCGUUGAUCCUGAAGGUGGUGCCGAUGCCGACGGCGUUGAUGAUGCCGAUGGUGAUGCCAAUGGUGAGGCCGAUGCCGACGGCGUCACCGAGACUGAUCUGGCGGACGACGUCAGCAUGAGUAGCGUUUCUCGUGCUUCCACCCCCUCCAUCAUUGGUCAACCCCCGAUUGAGGAUUUCCCCUUCUUAAGCAACCUCCAAGUCCAAGCUCUCCUGGAGCCCCAUCGUCCCUUAGCUAUCAAGCAUCAUGCUCGUUUUGCAAUCGACUCCGAGGCCUAUACUAGGCUCUAUCACACUUUUGCUCGAGCCUUCGUACCCUACAUGCGUCAAGCUGGCUACGACGACUAG